GGGGCAGCGACGAGUGAGUGUGGAAAUGGCAGCGGGCGGAUCGUACAGCAUAGUGGAGUAUUUCGGGGGAGAUGAUGGCUAUCGCUGCGGUUACUGUAAACAUGAGAAGGGCAAUUUGUCGCACGGCAUGUGGUCCCAUACUAUGACAGUUCAGGACUACCAAGAGCUCAUUGACAGAGGAUGGAGAAGAAGUGGCAAAUAUGUAUACAAGCCCACUAUGAAUAAAACCUGCUGCCCACAGUACACCAUCAGGUGCCAUGCCUUGAACUUCCAUCCAUCAAAAACUCAUAAAAAGACCUUGAAGAGGGUGAACAAAUUCCUCUCCUCAGGAGAGAUGCCUGUAGAACAGAAUGAUGGGGGGCAAGGUGUUUUAGAAGAAAUCAGAGGUCGCCUAAAGCCUCUCUCUUCCAUACUUCAGAGGACAGUGGCUAUAGCUGCAGGAAAAACCCAGUCGUUUUUGACAGGAGAGCCAAUGGACUCCAUGCAUGAUGAAGGUAUUCGACCACCUCCUCAAGACCCUCUGAAGAUAUACAACACUGAUGAAGAGGACAUCUCCACCAGUCCUGACACAGAAACAGACACCAGAUCAACUACAUCAGCAACUCCCAGAGAAGAUGCAGCAACUGUCCCAGAAGAUAAAACCUCAAAUGUUGCACCCAAACCAGGUAAGGGAGCCGACCUCAACAGACCUCUCUGUCGAAAAGCUAAGGACAUUAGGAAAGAGCGACGACUUCAAAAAGAGCAACAGAAGCAGCAAGAAGGGGCAUCUUCCUCUCCGAAUCCCACCCCAUCAAAAUCUGUAUCUAAUCAUCCUAAAUUAUUAGAGGAAUUCAUUUUGGAGUCCUUACCGAAUGACCCUCUUCACCGUUUGGAGGUGAGGCUAGUGCGCUCCAAUCCACCCAGUCCACAAUUCAAAGCUUCAUUUGAUGCCUCUUACCAAGUGUACAAACUCUACCAGAUGGCCAUUCACAAGGAUCCACCUGAAAAAGCUACCGAGAGCCAGUUUAAAAGGUUCCUCUGUGAUUCGCCAUUAGAGGCUGAGUCAGCUCCUGAUGGUCCUGAUGUGGGCUAUGGAUCAUUUCAUCAGCAGUACUGGUUGGAUGGUAGAAUAGUUGCUGUGGGUGUUCUGGACAUUUUGCCAUUCUGUGUGUCAUCUGUGUAUCUCUACUACCACCCCGACUUCUCCUCACUCUCACUGGGCACCUACUCUGCUCUCAGGGAGAUCGCCUUCACCAGGCAGUUACAGAAGCAGUCACCCAAACUCGCCUAUUACUAUCUGGGUUUCUACGUCCAUUCCUGCCCCAAGAUGCGCUAUAAGGGCCAGUACCAGCCAUCAGACCUCCUUUGCCCUGAAACAUACACUUGGAUGCCCAUCGAGAGGUGUAUCCCUCGCCUUGACAUCUCUGCCUACUCUCGUCUCAGUGAAGAUGCCAACGCAGGUGACGCUCAUGCGCUGAAGGAUCUAGGCAGGGCGUUAGUGCUCCACAGGCGGACAGUGAUGCCCUAUGCAGCCUACGCCCAGAAGAGAAAGGGGUCCAAUGAUGAAAAGGAAGUAGAACAGUAUGCCAGUCUGGUGGGCCAGAUGUGUGCUCAGAGAAUUUUGCUCUACAGGGCGUAGAGUCCCAUCAAACCUUACAACCAUCUAUCUCUCUCUCUCUCUCUCUCUCUCUCUCUCUCUCUCUCUCUGUCUGCCUCAACAUGCAGUUGUUUGUCCUUCAGUACGCAUGUCUCUUCAUUGACUCCCUGACUAUAUAUGUGUUUGAUUUCUCAUCUUUGUUUGUCUUCUUCCUCAUCCAGAACACACUCUCCAUCUGUGUGUACAGUAUCUUUUGCUUUUUGUUCUGGUGUGCAAAGUUAGAAAGACAAUUACAAAGUCUUUCUAACUUGGUCUGUUUGGACUCUUACCCUACUUUUAUAUAUCUGGCAAACAACGCUGUGUAAUCCCACUUGCUCACAUGCAACAAUCAUAACAAACAGGCACAUAUUUUAUCUCACAAUAUACCCCAAAAUAUUACUCCCAAUCCACCAAUCAUGAUCUUAAUUAGAUAAUUCACUCUAAAAUGGAAAUUCUGUCACCCUCAUGUUGUUCCAAACCUGUAUGACAUUCUUUCUUCCAUGGAACACAAGAGGAACUCUUUUGAAGAAUGUUGAAACGUCUUUCCGCACAAUGGAAGGGAAUGGUGACUGAGGCGAACAUCCUGAUGAACAUCUCCUAUAAAGUCAUUUUGGUUUAUACUGUAAAACAUGAGGGUGUUAAAAUGAUGACAGAUUUUUUAUUUUGGGUGAACUAACCCUUUAAUAGUCAAAAAAUAGUGCAAACUGUAAUCCUGAACAUUUAAUGUGAUGUAGGCACUGUCUGUCUGGCUGUUGAAUGGUGUGUAUUUCUCGACCAACGUUGCCCUUUGAACCACACAGAAAUGCUUAGCUGUUACAAAGGUUUGGUAACAUUGAUCACUGCUCUGCAAAAAUGUUCAAUGCUCCCAAUAUUUCUAUUUUUCUGACGCAGACGCAAACAGUGCAGGUGUUAUGUCUGUGGUGAAUGACUUGUUUAAUGGUUUUGCCUGGAGGUUAAAAUAAUAAAUUUUCAUGUGGAACCAUUUUUCUUUUUCUUUUUGUCUUUCAGUUGAAGUAAUAGCUUGAGUGCAUUUUGUUUUAAGCUGAUUGUGUUGUUUCAAACUAAAUAAAAGAAAAUUAU